AACCAACAUCAUGCCAAAAGCUGUUGCUACUGAAACUGUCAACCAUGUCAUCGCUUUGCUUCAGAAUGGCAAAUCUCUUCGAGAAAUUGAAGCUUUGACUGGUCUACACUACUCGACCAUCAGUAAACUACGCUCCACACACUGUCCCACCAUUUCUAAGGCCAAAGGAGGACGACCUUCCCUUCUUUCUACUGCCAAUCUUCACUAUGCUACUCGACUCAUUGGGACUGGCAAGGCUACCACAUCUCCUGCUGUGGCCAGAGCUCUUGGAGAUGUUACUGGGAGGGUUGUCAAUGCAGAGACAGUGCGAAGAGGGUUGAAGAAGGCAGGAAUGAAGGCUGUAGUAAAGCGCAGAAGGCCUUUACUCGCUGCAAGGCAUUGAAAGGAGAGGAUGGACUUCGCUUUGGCUCACUAAUAUUGGACUGUGGAGGACUGGAGAAGGGUGGUAUGGUCAGAUGAGACAAAGAUUAACAGGAUGGGAUCAGAUGGAAGGAAAUGGGUGUGG